AUGAAGGAAACCAACGCUUCAAGGCGGGGGACUUUGUUGGGGCUGAAGGUCUCUAUUCUAAAGCGUGUGCUUGCCCCUGUCUCUCUGUACUCCUCUUCACCUCAGCCCUAUAUGGCCAGUGCCUCUCAUUCUUGUCGCCUAAUCAUUGCGGAUCCCAAAAACCCCACCUUAUACACAAACAGGGCCUUCUCCCGUUUGAAGCUCCAGCUGUAUGACUCUGUCAUCGAUGAUUGCCAAAAAUGUCUGGAGCUCAAGCCGGACAAUAUGAAGGCGUUUUAUUACCUGUCUCAAGCGCAGCUCGCAAUUAAGGACUAUGAUGCCGCCCUGAAAAAUGCCCUGAGGGCCCAUGAACUCUGCGCCAAGACGCUGGACAAGUCCCUUGCCGCUGUCACGAAUCUGGUUCUCUCGUGCAAAAAGGAGCGCUGGGAAGCCAUGGAGCGGCGGCGUAUCCGCCAAGGGGCCGAACUCGAGAACGAGACGCUGAGGCUUCUUGAACGAGAAAAGGACGAGGCAUUGGCUGAAGUCUCCGAUGAAUUAGAGCGCAACGACAUCGUGGUGGAGUGGGAUGAGAAGAUUGCCGAACUCAAACGGAUCUUUGAGCAGGCUCGGGCGGCCGACUCGAAGCGUCGAAAAGUGCCAGACUGGGCUAUCGACGACAUUACCUUUGGCAUCAUGGUCGAUCCAGUAGUUACGAAAACUGGCAAGUCAUAUGAGAGAGCCUCCAUCUUGGAACAUCUACGCCUUCAUCAAACUGAUCCCCUCACACGAGAACCCCUUUACGUCUCAGAUUUGCGACCGAACUUGUCCUUAAAGCAGGCUUGUGAGGAGUUUCUCGAUGAGAACGGAUGGGCUGUGGACUGGUAG